AUGCAUCAUCCAACAGGUGGACCACCACCACACUCUCCCAGGCCCAUAAGGACCUGGUGGCCACUUCCAUCAGUGACCUGGGGUUCUUUGCUGGUGGUGACGCUUUGGAGGGGCUCUUUGCUGUGGUGGACAUCUUCAAUGCAUGGUCCAACAACUGGACCACCACCACGCUCUCCCAGGCCUGUACCCAACUGGCAGCCACUUCCAUCAACAACCUGGCCCUCUUCACUGGUGGCUCAAAUUCAGGGGGUACUCCAGUUGUGGUGGACAUCUACAAUGCAUCAUCCAACAGGUGGACCACCACCACACUCUCCAAGGCCCAUUUUGGCCUGGUGGCCACUUCCAUCAGCAACCUGGCCCUCUUCGCUGGUGGCACCACUCUUUCUGGGGGGCACGCCCUCUUUCACAAACACCCCAUCAAGCAUGCUGUCAGUGACGCCAUCAAGCAUGCCCCCUUCCACACCAUCUUCAUGGCCAAGGCCAAUGGGUGACAACCACAUUGUGGAAAUCGCAGUGGGCGUGGCUGUACCAGUGGCCACCAUCCUCCUCUUGGCCUAUGUUGGAUUCAUGGUUGUGGUGGUGGUGCUUGUGAGACUUCAACGCCAAUAA